UAUACUUCUAUGAAAUUAGUUCAAAUAUAAAAAUGCAGCGACCCAUUCUCAGUGUCAAUUUGAGAGUACUUUCCCCCUCAUUAAUUUGUAUCUAAAAUAAAAGCAUAGCAACCGACUCCUCUCUCUCUCUCUCUCUCCUUUCUUUUGUAGAUGCAGAGAUUCUCUACGGCUAGCAACCACCUUUCUGUUAUCAUCAUCCGACCUGAUUAAGAUGAAAAGAAGGGAUAUGUUCUGUGCUUCUCAAGCUUCAACAGCUAUAUGCAUGAGCAUGGAUCAACCUUCCUCCUCCUCUUUGUCAUCGUCCACCGCUCAACUCGGCGGCCGAAACAUCGACCGCCACAACCCAAUAAUCAGGGACCAAAAAAGAACACCGAGGGCUCUCCCAUUAGCUCCUUGUACUUCUCAGACACCACCCAUCAACCCUCAACCGUACCAUCUACUUCGCAGGAGCAAAACAAGUAACACCAGCAACGUAAAUGAUCAAAGCAAGAAGAAGAGUUCCAGAAAACAAAAUGAUCUUGUCCGAAAAGACAAGAAAAGCUCUUCUAAGCCAGAUGAUGGUAAUAAGAAGGAUCGUUCUGCUACUGUGGCUAAAGAAGUAGUAGUUCAAAGAAAGAGCUGGGCUCAGCCUGGUGAUUUUAUUACACCUCCUGGAUCAUCAAGAUACCUGUUGAGUGACAAGGAUUUCAUCGACGGGCUAUCGGAUUAUGAUCCGAUUCUAGCAAUGGUGCCUGCUCAAUCCAAGAGGUUUCUGACUCAGGCAGCUUCCGAUCAACAAGAAUCUACUUCUUCAAAGACAUUUUCUAUGUCUAACUCCUCAGAAAGGCCUUCCAACCAGGUAGUGGUUUUGAGAGUGUCACUGCACUGCAGAGGCUGUGAAGGAAAAGUGAGAAAACAUCUAUCCAGAAUGGAAGGUGUGAGCUCCUUCAGCAUAGAUUUUGCAGCAAAGAAGGUGACAAUUGUUGGGGAUGUGUCACCAUUAGGUGUCCUCGCCAGUGUGUCGAAGGUGAAGAGUGCACAAUUUUGGACACCUGCAAACCCAGCUGCAGUUCCUUCAGUUAACUCGCAACUCAAGAAAUAAUUAACGAGGGGGUGUUGGAGAUCAUUAUGCCUGCAGUUAAAUGUGGAUUUGAAGCUUAAUUUAUUGUAAACUCAGUCUUAAUUAAUUAGCAUCAGUAGCUGGAGUGGAACAGAAUCUUUACUUCUUUGAAGUUGGUAAAUUAAACAGAAAUCAGUAGCUGUGAGGUCAGUUUUUGGCUGUUUUUGCCAGUUUUUUUUCUGGGUAUGUGGGGCCUUUUGUUUCUGUGUGAAAAAAGUAGCCAAAUUAUAGUCAGGAUUUUGAACAGUUAUAAUUAGCCAUGGCCCAGUAUUCAAAUACCAGUUCCCUAUGAUUUUGCCUAUUA